GUGAGUGUCUUUUUUCCAGUAUAAGAGAGAGGAGACAGAGGAAACACAAAGAGGAGUCUUUACUACAUUUGGAGAACCUGUUUGUGUGACUUGACUACGUUCACGGAGAACUGAAAAUCCGAAAUGGCGAGUAGAGCAAUGCUCUUACCUCUGGUAUUUUUGGCUGUGCUAAGCACUGUGAAACUUACGGCGGCCGUACGUGAUUUCCCUGAACUGAGCCACCUGAAGACCAAGACGUCCCCAGAUGUCCAGAGAGAGGCGGCCAGAGGGGUCAUCUCCAGGCUGGUCAAGGACAGAGCCGCGGACUUCGAUGUGGACGUGAACCCAGACCUGGGACCCAAGGAGAGAGACACGUUCAGGCUAAGUUCUACCAAGGAUGGAAAAAUCCUGAUCGAGGGUACGACUGGCGUAGCGGUGUCAAUGGGCUUAUACUAUUACAUCAAAUACUGGUGCAACGCUCAGAGGACAUGGGCUGGACAACAGACGGAGCUACCACCAACUCUCCCGGUCAUCGAAAAGCCAGUGGUCAUUACAAGCAAUGACAGGUUCCGCUACUACAAGAACGUAUGCACUGAGAGCUACAGCUUUGCCUUCUGGCAGUGGGACAGGUGGGAGCAGGAGAUCGACUGGAUGGCUCUGCACGGGAUCAACAUGCCACUCGCCUUUGCUGGACAGGAGGCUAUCUUCCAAAGGGUGUACUUCCAGCUGGGAUUCAACCAAACGGACCUCGAUGAACAUUUUGGAGGACCGGCGUUCUUAGCAUGGGCUCGAAUGGGAAACAUGCGUGGCUGGGGUGGCCCGUUACCUCAAGCGUGGAUCACUAGUCAGCUGAUCCUUCAGCACCAGAUCAUGAGGCGCAUGUUUGACCUCGGCAUGACCCCUGUGUUGGGCGGGUUCGCCGGACAUGUUCCAGCCGCCAUUACUCGACUGUACCCCCAUGCAAACGUCACUCGCCUCGGUUUGUGGGCGGGGUUCAACUCCACAUACUCAGGGACAUACUUGUUGGACUUUGAGGAUCCUUUGUUCAAGAAAAUCGGAGGUCUCUUCAUUAAGGAGACAAUCAAUGAGUUCGGUACAGCUCACCUCUACAACGCAGACACAUUCAAUGAGAUGACACCAGCUUCAAACUCUUCAGAAUACUUGUCGAGGGCAGGACGUGCUGUGUUCCAGGGUAUGCUAGCUGGAGACGAGAAGGCCGUCUGGGUUAUGCAGGGCUGGUUAUUCCUAGAUUCGUCAGGUUUUUGGGGACCUGAGCAGGCCAAAGCCCUGGUCACUUCUGUUCCUCAGGGUCGAAUGAUCAUCUUGGAUCUAGCCACGGACCUUAUCCCAGCCUACCCAAACUUUGACUCUUUCUACGGCCAGCCCUUCAUCUGGUGCAUGAUUCACAACUUUGGCGGCACCUCGGAGCUCUACGGGACUGUGGAUGUCUACAACACGCAACCGUUCAAAGGCCGCACUUUCCCCAACUCCAGUAUGAUCGGCAUCGGGAUCACCCCGGAGGGAAUCAACCAGAACGAGGUCGUGUAUGAGUUUAUGAUGGAGAACACCUGGAGGACAGAGCCUAGAGAUAUAUCCAAGUG